AGGGUACUGACAGAAAAGAUGUUCAAACAUCUUCGGAAAUGGUUCAUCACUCACAUUUUGGGACACUCUAGACAAAGAGCGAGGCUGGUGUCCAAAGAUGGGAGGUGCAACAUCGAAUAUGGUAAUGUGGAUGCCCAGUCGAGGUUCAUCUUCUUCGUGGACAUCUGGACCACAGUGCUGGACCUCAAGUGGAGGUACAAAAUGACCAUCUUCAUCACAGCCUUCCUGGGGAGUUGGUUCCUUUUUGGCCUUCUGUGGUACGCUGUUGCCUAUAUCCACAAAGACCUCCCCGAGUUCCACCCUUCUGUCAACCACACCCCUUGUGUGGAAAACAUUAAUGGGUUGACGUCAGCCUUUCUCUUUUCUCUGGAAACACAAGUGACCAUUGGGUACGGAUUUCGGUGUGUGACGGAACAAUGCGGCACUGCCAUUUUCCUGCUGAUCUUCCAAUCAAUCCUCGGCGUCAUCAUCAAUUCUUUCAUGUGUGGCGCCAUUUUAGCCAAGAUCUCCAGGUCCAAAAAGUGUGCCAAGACCAUCACCUUCAGCAAGAAUGCUGUGAUCAGCAAGCGAGGUGGGAAGCUUUGCCUCCUCAUCCGCGUGGCUAACCUGAGGAAGAGCCUCCUCAUCGGCAGUCACAUAUAUGGGAAGCUGCUGAAGACCACCGUCACACCUGAAGGUGAGACCAUCAUUUUGGACCAGAUCAACAUCAACUUUGUAGUUGACGCUGGGAAUGAGAAUUUGUUCUUCAUCUCCCCAUUGACAAUUUACCACGUCAUUGACCACCAUAGCCCCUUCUUCCACAUGGCAGCUGAGACCCUGGCCCAGCAGGACUUCGAAUUAGUGGUGUUUUUAGAUGGUACUGUGGAAUCAACCAGUGCUACCUGCCAAGUGCGGACGUCCUAUGUACCUGAGGAGGUGCUUUGGGGCUAUCGUUUUGCUCCCAUUGUUUCCAAGACCAAGGAAGGCAAAUACCGAGUAGACUUCCAUAACUUUAGCAAAACAGUGGAAGUGGAAACGCCACACUGUGCCAUGUGCCUUUACAAUGAGAAGGAUGCUCGAGCCAGGACAAAGAGAGGUUAUGACAACCCCAACUUUAUCUUAUCUGAAGUCAAUGAAACCAACGACACCAAAAUGUAA